GCAUCUUUUUAGGAAGCUACAUGCUUUCUUUCGACACCCAAAGGUCGCAUGGUGUCAGGGACGCGCCUAGUCACGGGAACAGACCGGAGCGCGUUCACGAAGAGGUGCAAGAUCGCGCUUUAACAGUGAAGAGUAUCAAACAGCGUGCGGAGAUCCAACCUAAUGGUUUACAUUGGGUCACGGUGACCAGUCAAUGAUUUGCGCCAAGUAUCUGUUUUUUCUUCUUGUCCGGCGUUUAUCCUGCAGACCUUUUGUAUUUUGCACGGGGAGAACUGACACAGUAAACUCAUCUGCAUGAUCGGGGAGCAGGAGCACACAGUAUGGUCCGGGAAACCAGACAUUUAUGGGUGGGAAAUUUACCCGAAAAUGUACGAGAAGAGAAAAUUAUUGAGCACUUCAAGCGAUAUGGACGGGUGGAGAGUGUCAAGGUCCUGCCAAAGCGGGGUUCAGAGGGUGGAGUCGCAGCCUUUGUGGAUUUUGUGGACAUUAAAAGUGCUCAGAAGGCUCACAAUGCUAUCAACAAGAUGGGGGACAGAGAUCUGCGCACUGAUUACAAUGAACCAGGCACAAUUCCUAGUGCAGCGAGGGGGCUGGACGAUAGUCUGUCCUUAGGCUCUCGUGGCCGGGAUGUAUCAGGGUUCACAAGGGCGGCAGGGGGGGCUGUGUAUGUGCCCCCCACGUCGCUUCACAGCAGAGAUGGACGCUAUGAACGCAGACUAGACGGGACUGCUGAAAGUCGGGAUCGGGCAUAUGAUCACAGUGCCUAUGGACAUCACGAGCGUCCUGGUAGCAGUUUCGACCGUCAGCGGCAUUAUGAAACAGACUAUUACCGUGAUGCAAGAGAGAGGACUCUGAGCACUGCUGGCAGUGGGUCUGGUACCUCCAGUGGAAGCGGUACAACGGUUUCAUCAGGAGUCAGUGGAACUAUAGUAAGUGCUGUUGCUGGAAACACAGGAACAAGUGGAGCAGCGGGGGCCACGACGGGAGGAAGCGGAGGAUCCACAUCCAGUGGGGUUGGCUUCUACCGCUCCCACAGCAGGAGUCCUUGUCGCUUUGAGACACCAGAGCCUCGCUAUGAGCCUCGUGCCAGGGAACCUUUCACUUUGGCCAGUGUGGUUCACAGGGACCUUUACAGGGAGGACAGGGGUCGACGUGGGGAGCGGACAUACCGCCACAGUCGUAGCCGGUCUCCACACUCAACACAUUCACGAAAUCCCUCUCCUCAGAGGCUCGUGAGUCAGGCUUCUCGUCCUCCACGCUCCCACAGUGGGUCAGGUUCUCGCAGCCGCUCCUCCAGUUCAGACUCGGUCAGCAGUACCAGCAGCAGUACAAGUGGCAGUGAUUCCAGCAGUAGCUCAAGUGAUGACUCUCCAGCACGUUCAGUGCAGUCUGCCGCUGUUCCUGCACCAUCAGCACUUACCUUAUCCUCUCUUGACAAGGAUGAACCGCGUAAAAGCUUUGGUAUUAAGGUCCAAAAUCUUCCUGUGCGCUCUACAGAUACAAGCCUGAAGGAUGGUUUGUUCCAUGAAUUUAAAAAACACGGAAAGGUCACAUCAGUACAAAUCCAUGGAGCUUCAGAGGAGCGCUAUGGGCUUGUCUUUUUCCGCCAGCAAGAAGACCAAGAAAAAGCACUUGGAGCAUCAAAGGGAAAGCUUUUUUUUGGCAUGCAGAUUGAUGUCACAGCCUGGAAUGGCCCUGAGACAGAAAGUGAGAAUGAAUUUCGCCCCUUGGAUGAGAGGAUUGAUGAGUUUCAUCCGAAAGCCACACGGACCUUAUUCAUUGGAAACCUGGAGAAGACCACCACUUACCAUGACCUGCUUAACAUUUUCCAGCGGUUUGGAGAAAUAGUGGAUAUUGACAUCAAGAAGGUGAAUGGAGCCCCACAGUAUGCCUUUCUACAAUAUUGUGACAUUGCCAGUGUCUGCAAGGCCAUAAAGAAGAUGGAUGGCGAGUAUCUUGGUAAUAACAGACUGAAGUUGGGCUUUGGGAAGAGCAUGCCUACAACAUGUGUUUGGUUGGAUGGAUUAGCAUCGAACACAACUGAGCAGUUUCUUACCCGUCAUUUCUGCCGCUAUGGCCAUGUUGUCAAGGUUGUAUUUGACAGAAUGAAAGGAAUGGCCCUUAUUCUGUAUAACAACAUUGAAUAUGCACAAGCUGCUGUGAAAGACACAAAGGGAUGGAAGAUAGGCGGCAGUAAAAUCAAGGUGGACUUUGCGAAUCAGGAAAGUCAGAUGGCUUUCUAUCGUUCGAUGCAGGCAUCUGGGCAGGAUAUACGAGACUUUUAUGACAUUCUCUCUGAAAGAAGAGAUGAUCGACGAACCCAGUAUGAGUUUCAAGCGGAGAGACAGUAUUAUGAAAAUGUACGAACACCAGGAACAUAUACUGAAGAUCCACGUCGCAAAUACCCUGCUAGAAGUCGGGAGUUCUACACAGAGUGGGAUCCAUAUCAAGGAGAUUACUAUGAUCCACAAUACUUUGAAGACCCUCGGGAAUAUCGGGAAUACAGAGCUGACCCUUAUGAGCAGGACAUUCGCAAAUACAGCUAUUUGCAACGGGAACGUGAAAGGGAGAGAGAACGCUUUGAAACAGACCGAGGACGUGAUCAUGGGAGAAGGACCAUUGAACGUAGCCAAAGCCCAUCUCACAUUGCCACUCGUCGUCCAGCUAGUCCCACUGCCUCUCCUUCACUCUCUGAGAGGAUACCAAGUGAUACAGAUCGCCGUAUUUGUUGUCGAUCUUCUGAAAGAAGUGGUAGUUGUAGUUCAAUCUCUCCACCCAGAUUUGAAAAACUAGAAAAGGCACGAUCUGAAAGGUAUAAUAAGACUGAAAAACUUGAGAAAGAUAGAGUUUUUGAAAUUGAAAGGGGGAAUUUGGUUGAAAAGGAGAAGAGGAUAGGACGAAAAGAUCGAGGAGACAAGGACAAAAGUGAGAAACAGAGGCUUAAGAAGCUCAAAGUCACUUCACCUCUUAUCCCAGCAUGUGACACGGAACCUGAACUUGAAAGAGAUGUUAGCCCUGAGUCUGUUCUUCGAAGUAAUACCAGUAAAAUCCCAAAGGAGUGCUUGAGCAAAGGCAGGUUGGAUCUAAUGCCUUGUGUGGUGCAAUUAACACGUGUUAAAGAAAAAGAAGGGAAAUUGAUUGGUCAUACUGUCCAAGAAAAACAAAUACAGAGGGUUGGAAGUGAUAGUCCAAGACUGACAUCACCAACAGCUGACCAGAGGAGUCCUCCAUUCCGCACAGAAUCAAAAAGUGAUACCUCUAAGCAUGGGAAGGUACCUAGAGACAAACAUAUUCACAGUUUAGUAGAGGUUACUGAUAGCAAAAUCAAAUCCAAAAAACAUGGAAAAUCUGAAAUGGGAUUGGACAGUGGUAUUUCUUUGGAUAUUGACCGUUUAGCUGCAAGGAAAAGGCGCUUUGAAGACUCAGGAAAAUCUGAGCGACAAAAGAGAAGUACUGAAGAGGACUUUGGUAGACCUGGACUUUAUAAACUGUGGAACAAUGCUAAGGAGACCGAAUUAGACAAGAAUGUUUUGACAAAAGUGAUGCAUAAAAAAGAACACCACAAGGAUAAAUGUGUCCAAAUGGUGUCAGUUAACAGUCCUAAAGAUGGACGAGACUGUGAAACCAACCCGGUUAGCCUUCCUGUGGAGCAACAGUCACAGUUAGGUGAACUGACUGAAGAUUCUUCAGAUCCGUUAAGCUCUUCCUACCUUAAAAUUGAUUCAGAGGGUCCAAAAGGUGAAAAUUGCUCAAAUUUUACCAAGAUACAAGAGGACUGCAGCCUUGAAUUGGAUGAAUUAAAAGAACAGAAACAGGUUUUGUCUGAAAACGAAAAAGAGAGAGGGAAGUGCAGAGACUCUGAUGAUGGAGAUGAACAUUUUGCCCACAUUGACCAUAACAUUUGCACAAAACAAACAGAACAGAGUCGAUGGCUCCGAUUAAAGCUUGCUGACCCGGAAAAGGUUGUAAUGUUUGAGCACCAAGCAAAUAAUGAUACUCAUGAUUUUGAAAAGGAUUAUAUCAUGCAUGAGGUUGGAAAAUCAAUUCAAGAUAUGGCCAAUGAUGACUUCUCUUCCUGCAAACGUAAGAAAUUAGAGAAUUUUGACUUUGAAAUACUCAAAGUAAAAAGAGAGCACAACUUUGCAAGCUCCCAAAAGUUAAGUGAAGACAUAUAUAGGAUACCAUCAUCGAUAGGAGCUGGUCAGUUUUCUGAAAAUGAGGAAGAUGACACUGCCCAGAUAUCUGUGUCUGUUACAAAGAAAGAAAGAAAAUCCUCCCCAACAACAGAUGAUAAAUUUUCACACACUGAGUUAUUAAAAAACAGUUUGGGUCUGACAGCCAGACAUUUUCAGUCCUCUGAAAAUGAGGUCCCAAAGCUGAAAACGUCCUUGCUUGGAUGUGAUGAGGAGUUAAUGCAACAUUGGGAAAGAAGGAUUAAAUCUGAUUCGCUCAGAAUGGAAAUGACAUUCCCAAGCAAUGUUUCAAAACAUGGCAGCAUAAGCAAAUGCCUUGGCCAGGAUUUGGAACCUGGAGAGGUGCAGUCCGAUUCAGAGGAUGAUGGAGAAAACAAACAUAUCUCUCCCAAGUCAGGUAGUUCGUUAUCUUAUAUCCUCAGAGAUCGUGAUGAGAGGAUAACAGAUCUCAAACUUUCAGGCUCUUUGGAAAGGAAUAAGUUUUACUCAUUUGCUUUAGAUAAAACUAUAACUCCUGAUACAAAAGCACUCCUUGAAAGAGCCAAGACAUUGUAUUCCUCAAGGGAAGAUAAUUGGUCCUUUCUGCCUUCACGCUUUCCAGCCUCCCACAGCUGUUCAGAUAAGGACAAGGUAGAGUUAGCACCUCGACCUAUUCCUUCUUGGUAUAUGAAAAAGAAAAAGAUUCGUACUGACUCUGAUGAAAAGCUGCAUGAUAAAAAGGAGGAACUUAAGCCCCAGGACCAAGAGCGUCAGGAAUUGUUUGCCUCUCGUUUCCUACACAGUUCAAUAUUUGAGCAGGAUUCACGCCGUUUGCAACAUCUCGAACGAAAAGACCAAGAUUUAGAAACUGGAAUUGCUAGGCCUUUUACCAAGCCAGGUGCUGCCGAGGCUCAACCUGAAUCUGGAGGAAGUGACAUCCCCCAAGAGCCCAUAGUGCUUUUCCAUAGUCGUUUUUUGGAGCUCCAGCAACAAAAGGACAAAGACCAAACAUCACCUGAUCAUGAGAAUGAUUCAGUAGUGGUCGAUAUCAAAAGAAAUGGAGUUCAGAAUUGUGACAAUGUGAUGUCUGAUAAGGAAUCUGAGCCCAUACUGAAAGCUGAUGACAAAUCAGCCACCUCUCCAUUAACCUUGACAUCUUUGCCAUUUGUUCCUUCCCCUAAAGAAAUGUCUCCAUCAAUAAAGAAAGAAGUUGUAACUCCCUCCUCAGAUCAACAUGCGUCACUUGUCAAAGAAGAAAAAGUAGAGUCAGUCCUUGAGGUGUCUCCAUCUGAUUCUCUUCCUAUGGAAGACUUCAAACCAGUUGCUCCUAACUUAAUUAUAACCCCUCCCAUUGCCCUGUCAGAACUGGACAAUGAAACUGAAACAAAAGCAGAGUUAAUUGAACACAAAGUGAAAUGUGAUAGUUUAGCAGUGGAAAAGAAUCCAGUUAUGGAGGAUAAGCCUCCCACUCCUGGUGGUUCCCUGAUCGGUUUUGAAAAACAAACUCCAGAAUUUGCUUAUUCGGAUUGUUCAAAGAUUGAAGAAAAAUCUGAAAUGAUUAAGACGGAACCAGAAAUCGAAAAUCAAGAAGCAAAAGACUUUGAAGAAACUCAGAAAAUAGAGGCAGAUGGUGAGGCAUGUAUGCCAGAGCUAGAGGCUGAAAUAAAACCAUUACCGAGCCGUAGACAGCCCAAGAGUAAAAGGGCAAAAGCCCUACCAGUAUUACGUAAUACGCAGACUUCCCAAAUUGUUGCAACUGAAAAACCUGCUACGCGAAAGAGUGAACGGAUUGACAGAGAGAAACUUAAAAAAGCCUCAUCUCCUCGAGCAGAAGCACCCAAAAUGUCAUUUGAGUCUAAAACCACGUCCAAGUCACCAAUACAUGCAUCUGAUUCUGAACAAAGCCUUGAGUCAAGUUUGAUACAUGGUAGAACACGUCGGAGGAAUGUAAGGUCAGUUUAUGCUACGCUACAUGAAGAUGAGCAAACUGGCAAAGAGGUAGCUGAGCCAUCCCGCUGUAUGCGCAAACGUGGUGCUGAUAAAGAAUCAAUACAGCUAGAUGCUCAAAUUUCUACCAAUACUAGGCGCGGACGCCCACCUAAGAGAGGCAUUAAACGAGGUGAAGAUGUAUCACCAGUAAAAGGAGAUCAGAAGAAAAACACAGAAGAAGACACAGAGGUCAAAGAGACAUCAAGUAAUAUAGAGGUUGUGAAAGCCUCUGAGGGAUGGCGUUCACCCCGCACCCAGAAACAGCUACAGACUUUAUCUGCUCCAGUUAACAAAAAAGGUAAAACAGACAGAACACCUGGGAGCAUGACUGUCUUACCUGAGCUCACUGGUAUGGCAAGUCAUGAUGAGUCAGAGCCUAAAGCUAAAGUUGAUUCUGAACUGUUUGGAAAAUUAUCAGAAAAAGGGGAAAACACAAGCUCACCUGUGCACAAAAAAGAAAAAGAUCCAGGAGUAAAGAAAUCUGUAGAUAGUGACAUUGAAAAGAUAGACACAAGCUCAUCUGAGAGGAGACAGCAUCCUGAAAAGAGUGUUAAAAUGAAAACGCCAAGGUUGAAACGAAAUACCAAGCAGGCCACCGAAGAUAAAUCACACACUUUGAAAAAUCUUGAAAUCCGUGUAAGUGUUGAUGAUGUAAAAGGUUUACUUCGUACAGAGGAUGAUGAGGCUCAGACUUUUGAGGCUGCUACUAAUACUAAACCCAAGACAGGAGAACAAGAGAAUGAUGGAACAAAAAUUAUAGUUUUUCCAAAUGAAUCCAAGGAGCCUGCUUCAGAUGACAGAGAAGACACGCUAUCAGAAUCUGAACUUCCUACUGAUCCAGCUGCUGCGCUAUUAGCACGACAGAUGGAACUAGAGCAGGCAGUUGAAAAUAUUGCCAAACUCACAGUUGAGCAGCCUCCCCGACCAUAUAAGGAACAACCUCCAGAGCAACCUACUGUAUUGCCUCCUGUCAUAGUGGAACCAGAAGGUGAGGAAGUUGAGGAGAAGCGGGCUAAUCCUGCAAGUGAAACUGAACUUGCAGCUGCUAUUGAUUCCAUUACGGCUGAAGAAUGUGGAGAUGCAGAUGGUUUCACAGGACCUACUUACACUGCUCUUAUUCGUACCCCUGACUCUUUGAUAUCUUCCUCUUCCAAUGAGAUUAUGGAACCUGAAACACACAUGGCGAUCAACAAUAUUCUUGCAGGGGACUUAGACGAUGGACCUCUGACACUAAGCCCAAAGGGAUCAAUGGCAGAGUCUAAGGCAGCAGAAGAUCCUGUCGUACUUGAAACACCCAAGAAAACAAGUAAAGUAAGAGCUAAAACCCCGAAGAAGUCCAGAAGUCGUAAAGGUGCAUUUACUAAGAAGGGGGAUACUGUUGAAGAUGUUUCACAAUCAGAGCCUUCCCCGGUCAAGUUGCCAGAGUCAAUCCCAGAAGACCCAGAAACCCUUAAUUCAAAAGCAAUCACUGUUACAGCUGGGGGUACUGCAGCAGCCUCAGUGGUCACUGCUGUUGCAACUUGUAGGCGAGAUGUUACAAGUGCUAUAACUGUAGACACCCCCAAAGAGGCAGAACAGCCUGAGGUUGAACAACCUGUACCAAAAGAAUCUGCUUUUCAUUCAGGCACAAGCAACAUCUCCAGCAGUAAAAAGCAUCCUCAAACAGCAGAACCUACUUUUGCCUCUGCUCUUACUCGCCCUCAACCAGUGUCCCAUUUCAGUGUCCCUCUGCUACGCCCUGCCAAAAUGUCACUUUCACCUGAAUGGCCUCAAAGAUCAGAAGAAAGCAGGAUUUAUGUUGCUCCUUCAUGUCACGUCACUGUGGUAACUCCAUCUGUGCCACCAUCGACUGCACUUGGAACACCAUCAACAAAUCCCCCAAUGCCGCCUGAUACCAAGGCGUCUGAUAUUGAUCCUAGUUCCAGUACGUUAAGAAAAAUCCUAAUGGAACCUAAAUAUGUGUCUGCAUCAAACAGCAACUCUAUACCUACCACUAUGGUCACAUCUGCUCUUUCAGAAGCUUCAAGGAUAUCCGAGAAUGAAAACAUCUCAGAUACAGUAGUUUCAAGACAAUUCCAUCCUGAGGAGAGGCCACCAUUGCCGCCCCAGCCAGUUCACCAUAAACCAUCUCCACUGACGGAGUCCCAACAAAACUGUGGCGAGAAGACACCGCAUACAGUAAUUUCUCCUGCUACCUCAGUAAUAAGUCGAAUUCCAAUGCCUUAUGAUACAGAGGAAACUCCACGAAUUUCCCUAAGCAACCGAAGCAUUGGCCUGUCAAUUCCCAAGCAAAAAUUUAGAACCAACACCAAUGAGAAUAAUCGCUGCCUUGGCAUGGAUAUAGCAGAAGAUGGGACCAGAGGGCGUUCUGUUGUUGAGACCACUCCUUACAAUGCAGGUUCCAGUCCUGGUCUGAGGGUCAAUACAUCAGAAGGUGUUGUUGUUCUGAGUUACUCUGGUCAGAAAACCGAAGGGCCUCACAGGAUGAGAGCCAAAAUUAGUCAAAUCCCUCAAGCCAGUGCGGGUGAUAUUGAGUUUCAGCAAUCUGUGUCCAAAUCUCAGAUAAAGCAAGACCCAGUUAUCACAUCAUCCCAUUCACCUACUUCAAAAGUAGCUCCAACUCAUACAGUAUUCGGGCACACAGGGGUCCUUUUGACCGGCCAGAACUAUAAUUCUCAGCCUGUCAUUUCCAGUACAAAGCAGGACAAUCGAGGAUGUGACAAGUCUGAAGCGCCAUAUCACACGUCAACCCAAGGUGGUGUGGUUAAGAUGUUCCAACAGCCCAUUAGUUCUCCUCAGGUCUUGAUGUACAACCAACCUGUGAUACAGCAGCAGCAUAGCAAAAGAGGACUAGGAACUGAACCUCACACAAAAAAGAUAGACAUUGGCAAAACUGUUCAGCAGUCUAACCUCAGCCCAGUUAUGAGUCCACACCACCCGUCACUGUCUGGUACCCGUGUGAGCCCCGGCCCUGGCAUCACAGGCGAUCGGUCAGCUCUACACCUCAAGCAAGAACCCCAGUCUCCACGGACAGCUGUUCACUCCCCAUCACCCUUUGUCAAAUCCUGUCCACCGAGCAGUUCUCCAAUUGGAACUUCAGUUGUUCUGGGUCAUGGCAUGCCACCAAUGUCGACUUAUCACUCUAGUAUACAUCAUUCACAUCCAGAACAAUCCUCUGUCAUAAUUCAACCACACAGUGUCACUCAGUCAAUGUCUCAUGAAGCCAGGAUGACUACUCCGCCAAUUUCUGGGAUUAAUUAUGGGAGACGAGGUGACUCCUUGUCUUCCUCCCACCCUGGUCCUUCACAACGCUCAAACACUCCUCAGCCUAAUGUCAUUAGAGACAUGGUACUGCAGUCUCAUUCAAGUUCCCAAGGGUCAGUGUCAGGUUGUGGUAACAGUGUAAGUGAAGAGGAACCCAGACAUUUUAACCAAGCUCUUCACAGACCUUCAGCUUCCCAGCUCCAGUCAGAUGUAAUGAUGAUUCACGGAGACCACAGAGGACUCCACCCCAGUAUUCGCAUGGAACAGUACAGAGACAUACAUCACCGCAUCCUCAUGCGCCAGCAACUGGGCGAGCAGGCUGCAGUAGAUGCAAGACCACCACGCAACUCAGAGACUGGAACUGCAUCUUCAAGCAAUAUCUCUGGGCCUUCAAAAAGUCCUAUAGUGGGGAAGAAUAUUGAGCUUUCAGCAAAAGAACCUCUCAAACCACUAGAAGGAAAGCUCAUACAUCCGACUUCCAAUGAAAGUAGAAUCCGAGGAGUACAUGCAUCCAGCCCUGUCAUACUGUCUCCUCACCCUCAUGGGGUUCAGCUGAUACAUCCAGGAGGAGCAGGGUCCUUUCCAGUUUAUCGGGACAUGCGGGGAUUUCCAUCCCAGUUUCCGGGACACAACCUGCCUAACCAAGGCAUUUCAUCUUCACAGAUCCCUCCAGAUCCUGAGCUGGGUAACAGGGGUAAAAUGUCUCAGUCACAUGGGGGAGGAAGUGAUUCCAAGCCUGAGAGUUCUCAUCUUCGUCAUGCUACCUCUUCGGAUAUUUCACAUAUUUCCAGAAUACAAGGAGAUACAGUCUCCCCUUCUUACCAAUCUCCAAUGAUGUCCCCCAUGGGCCACAAGCCAGAUCUGUCUCUACAGAAAGGUCCUCCAGCCUAUCUGCCUACGCCUCCGUCAGCCCCAUCGAGUUCACUACAGCAACGGGCUGAUGCUAAGCUUGAACAUUCAGGACAUCGUUCCAUUGACAUGGUGCAGCUUCUGACAAAAUAUCCUAUUGUGUGGCAAGGCCUGUUAGCACUGAAAAACGACCAGGCUGCUGUCCAGUUGCACUUUGUGUCUGGCAACACCAUACUGGCCCAGCGCUCCCUGCCGCCCCCGGAGGGAGGUUCUCUUCUUCGUAUUGUCCAGAGGAUGAGGCUUGAGGCUUCUCAGCUGGACAGUGUGGCACGCAGAAUGACUGUGGAAAACGACUACUGUCUGCUACUGGCUCUACCCUGUGGUCGAGAUCAAGAAGAUGUCCUUGGUCAAACCCAAGCUUUGAAAAGUGGCUUCAUCACCUACCUGCAAGCCAAACAGGCAGCUGGCAUCAUCAAUGUGCCCAAUCCCGGCUCUAAUCAGCCAGCUUAUGUGGUGCAGAUUUUCCCACCCUGUGAAUUCUCUGAGAGCCACCUUUCACGUCUGGCCCCGGACCUUCUCAACAGCAUCUCCAGCAUUUCUCCGCACCUCAUGAUUGUUAUCGCCUCAGUUUAAUUACCUCCAUCCUUUCCACCACAAACAAGCCAACACCAGCCCUUUUUGACUCAUCCGGUUUGUAAACUGGAAUUGCCUCAUAUUUUUAUGUAUUUGACUUUUUUAAAGAUCUAAUUUAGCAUGAACUCACCUUUUCUCCUUCACUUCACCAAGUCCUUAAAUCAUCCAGUGAUGCUGAAUUCCAAAAACUAUACCUUUACGAAAAGGAUACAAAGGGUCGAAUGGGGAUUUUUGAUCACUUUGCUCAUUUCAUGUUGGCCAUUUUUGGAGGUGUUGUGCAUAGCCUUGUUUAAUCCAUAGCAUUCAUAAAGCUAUGGAUUUAGACCUUCCUAUGAGAUUUUUUUACCUUCAUAAAAGUGAUUGUGAUUUUUUUUAAAGACGAUGUGAGAAGUCAUUGCACUAUGUUAAGGAAAAAAUUGUGAACUUUGUACAGACUUGAGUAUAAAAUGAUACAUGUUAUGGAAUUACUCUCGUGAUCAGUCAUGCUUGUGCAAGAAAAACAAAAAACAAACAAAAAAAAAAACAACAACUCAUCAUUGCCUGGAGAUCAGUCAUACUGCUUUUGCUCCAUCAGCAGAUUUCUACUUCAUUUCCGGACUCAACUCUUCAUCCCGAAGUGUUCCCUGCCCCAGGAACAUGGGAGGGGAUGUUUAGAGUUGUACAGUUUACACUCAAUGCCUCAACAGGGGACUAUAUAAAGAAUAUUUAAUUUGUUUAUUUUUGUUUUUUUCUCCUUUAAGUUUAAGGUUAUUGUGGACAAUUGUGAAACUGUACAUAUUAUAAAUAUUUAAAGACUGAAGCAAUGUGGAGAGACCAAGUCACUUAUUUUAGAAGACAGAUCAUCAAUUCUUUCUUUUUCUUUCUUUCUUUGGGAAUAGGGAACAGUAGUGAGGAUCUGUACAUGAUCCACAAGUGAUAUUUGCAAAAAAAAAAACAACAACAAAAAAAACUUUUUUAAAAAAUUGAUUCUGUGCCAAAAUGUCUUUUGCAAAUGCUUAACAUGCGAAAUGUAUCUGAAACUACAUUUGAUCAGAACCUAUUUUCAUAUGUGACUUUGUAUUUUGCCAUUCAGAGGGCAGACUUGAUUCCUUUUUUUGGUAUUGUUUGUCAACCCAGUUCUGCUACUACAGUGCUUUUACAUUUGAAAUUGUAUGUUCAUUUUGAGGAAACCAUUGUGCUGUAGGGGUUGCAUUUUUUUUGUUAGCCUUGCUGUCUUUAUUCUCCCUUAUGUGGUCCUGUACUGCCCCCUGCUGUCUGAAAAUCAUUCUCUUCUGUGUCAAGGACUGCAUCCUGAGGUAAUGUAAGCCACUUCACCACACGUGUUAUAGCAUGCUUCAUGUUCAGCUCUUAAAGGGUAACGUAGGAUCAUAAAGGCAAAGAAUGUGUCUUAAACUUGACGUCAUGCCGCUAAUGGAUGUGUUGAUCAUCUGUCUCCACCCCCCUCCCCCUCCUAACUGUCUCCUGGAGCCAAGCUGUAAAUACUAAUGUCCUUAAUCUGUGCUCUUGUGUACUUUUCCCCUUUAUUAUUGUCUUUCUUCAGGGUCUUUAUUUUUGUUUUGUGCAACAAAACAAAGCAGUCUGAAAGAGACGGGAGUUGAGGUGUUUAAAACCGAUGCUGAAAGUAUAACCAUGCUUGUCAGUUUUGUGGUGUAAAUAUUUCUAUGGCUGCAAGCUGAAUACGCUCAUGGUUAAGUUGAAGGCACUUAUAAUUUUUGAUAAACAAAUGAGAAGAAAAUACACACAUGGAAAAUAAAACAAUCUUAAAACGGUGAUUAAUAUAAAAAAUGUCUUUUGAUCAAUCUUCAUUUUGAGUGUAUUUUGCUGUUCCUCCAUGAGGACAUUUUAAACUGUAAAAUAAAUGGUUGUUUAACUUACUUCUGAAGAUCAUUAAAUGGUCCGUAACUCUG